UUCGUGGGUUAUCAUGGUGAUGAUGGAAAUAAGUAUAACGAUAAUUAUGGCAUUUCAUAUGGACCAAAAUUUAUUACUGGUGAUACUAUUGGAUGCUGUUUAAACUUUAGAAAUAAUACGGUAUUUUAUACCAGAAACGGAGUGAAUCUAGGUAUUGCAUUCCAUGAUAUAAAAGAUGCUUUGUAUCCUUGUGUUGGAAUGUCGUCACCAGUGAUGAAUGAUGAUGAUAUCGAUGAAUCUUUAAAGGAGGAUUGGGCUGAAAUACUUAAUCCAUACAAUGAUAAAUUAAUAAGUCAACAGAUUAAGAAAUUUUCAGAUUUAAUACAAUCAUCAGAUAAUGAACAAAAUGUGAAUAUAGGCAAGCACUUGCGAUUUGAUAAAUUGAUAGAAUUUGAGGCAAGUAAUACAUUUGCAUUAAGAUAUCAAGAAGAAAUUUAUUGUAAUG